AUGAAAGAUAUUAGAUUUGAAACUAGAUUUUUGAAGUCGGAUUUCGAUAGGCCGGACUUUGAUGGGCUCUCUUUAAAGGAGAUUAAUCACAUGGACAAAGCUUCCCUUGAAGCAAUUUUUUUCGGAGGAAGAGAUCAAAGAAGCGGUUUGGAUGUGUCAUGGAUAUAUCUAAAAAUCCGGGCCGGAUGGGAUGAUUUUGUGAGAUGUAUUCAAGGAUUUCAUUCCGGGGCUGUUUUAUCUAAAUCUUUUAUUUCCUCUUUUUUGACUCUUGUUCCGAAAUCGUCAAAUCCGUUGGGUUUGGAUGACUAUAGGCCUAUAUGUCUUGUAGGAUGUGUGCAAUUACUUGACGGGGUUUUGGUGGCUAACGAAUUGGUGGAUUUUGCAAAAAAGGAGGAUAGAGGUUGUUUGCUUUUCAAAGUAGACUUUGAAAAAGCUUAUGGCAAGGUGAGUUGGAAUUUCCUUAGAUUUUUGUUAAGGAAGAUGGGUUUCGGCGAGGAUUGGUUAAGGUGGAUGGAAGCAUUGAUUUUCUCUAGUAAGAUGUCCGUUAUAGUUAAUGGUAGUCCCACUAAAGAAUUUAUAGUUGAAAGAGGUUUGAGACAAGGAGACCCUAUUUCUCCUUUUCUUUUCUUGAUAGUGGGAGAAGGUUUAAGGUGUAUGGUGAGUAUAUCGGUGGUUAAUGGAGAUUAUGAGGGUUUCAAAUUCAACGGCAAUUGUUUUGUGGAUAUCCUCAAUUUGCGGAUGACACUUUAUUUGUGGGUAAUGGUAGUUGGAAUCAUAUUUCGGCUAUUAAAGCGGUGUCGAGCGGUUUCGAGAUUGUCUCGGGAUUGGGUAUCAAUUUUCACAAAAGUAAGCUAA